AUGCCGCCGGCAAACGGCCGAGCCACCAGUCAGCGCGCCGGCAGUUCACAUACAUUUGUACUUGAGAACGCCCAAGUCACAGGAUGUAGUCUCGACUGCCCUCUGUCGACGAGUCAUCACAAGCUGCUAGCCUACUCGGACAGCACAGCCUACGAGUCGGACAUGUUCACGACUGGAAGCCGGACUCGACCUCAGCCUCCCAUCUCCGCACCAUCUACAGGGUACUUUCCACAGGAACACGACCCGCUCAAAGGAUUUGCGCACAAUGCAACCAGCCCUGUACAUACGCCUCGUAUCCAACCGCCAAGGAGGCCCAGAUGCACGCCAUCAGAGGAGGACCGCCAGGGACAAGAGCAUCUCCUCAUGGGACCAGCAUCGUGCCUUGGUACCAUCAAACCAGGAUGCGCGCACACGUUGGUCUAG